UACAAAAACCGAAUUUUGACCAUGAUAAGAGUGAACCAUUCAUCUAGUAGCGAAGAAGAAGAAGAAAUGGCGAGAUUUUCAGUUGGAAGAGAAGAAGAUGAUAAUGAUGAAGGACCCAGUAACCCCACAAGAAGGCCUGAACCCAAGAGACGUAGAACUACCGCCGGAACUUUCUCUUGUAGCGUCGUUAUCCGUCAACAAGAAGAAGAAGAAGAAAGAGAAAGAGAAAGGGAAAGGGAGAGAGAAAGGGUUGUUGAGGAAGAGGAGGAGGAGGAGGAGGAGGAAGAGGAGGAUUGGGAAUCGGAAUCGGAAUCUGAGGGAAAUUUCCGAUUGAGCGGUGAUCGGAGGUUGCCAGUUCGUGAAUCGGAGGUUGCAAGAGAGAACAGGGCCAUUUCUGGGGAGGACCCAGAUCAGAAUUUGGAGGGUUCAAGAGGAAACGGGUCAAUUUCUGUGAUGUUAUCGGAUCCUGAUGUGUUGGAUUGCCCAAUCUGCCUUGAACAUCUCUCUGUUCCUGUCUUUCAGUGUGAGAAUGGGCACAUAGCAUGUGCCUCCUGCUGCACCAAGAUUGCUAAUAAGUGUCCAUCAUGCUGUUGGCCAAUUGGAUAUAACCGUUGUCGAGCUCUGGAGAAGGUUCUAGAAUCUGUGAAGGUCUCAUGCGUGAACAAAAUGUAUGGUUGCAAGGAGAUCCUGAGUUAUAGUAAGAAAACUGACCAUGAAAAUGCAUGCAUCUAUGUGCCUUGUUUCUGUCCUUCCCAUGGCUGUGACUUCUUAGGUACCUCAACAAACGUAUAUGCACAUUUUAGGGACAAACAUGCUUCUUCGGCAGAGCACAUUUUUUUCAAUGCUGUCCAUCCAAUUCAUAUAGAAAAAGAUCAAAGUUACAAAAUUCUUCAAAUGAGGACAGAAGGUAUACUUUUUAUCAUCAACCAUGCUAGCGACCGUGUUGGAAGUGCUUUCAACAUUAUCUGUGUUGGACCAGCUAGGCAGAAGAGAAGAUUCUCGUACAAGCUUGUAGUAACAGACGGGGAAAGCUCUUUUAAACUAGAAUCUGUUGCAGAGAGCAUGCCAAACUGGUCAGAAAGCAGUCCUUUGAAAAAAUUCCUUGUGGUUCCAAGAGAUGUCGUUAACUCCAGUGCUCCGCUGAAGUUGAAUGUUUUCAUAGAAGAGAAGGAAUAUGUCUGCAAUGGUUGCAGAUGUUGAUGUAAUCUUAUUUUAUCAUGUCUUGGCUUGUUCAUGCCUUGCUAACUUCUUUAGAAAUUUUAUGUGAAUAGUUUUUGGAUGGGUGCUCUGCUAUAUUUGGGGAUUUGAAUUUGUGCUGUUGAAUAUCAAAGGAUUUUGAAUGUUAUGUUUGAUAUUGUUGUGCUCGA